AUACUAACAAUGGAUCUGGAUUCCGGAUUCAGGCAACAAAAUAUAUAGCAUCCGAAAAGUCGGGUCACUAUAUAACACUGAAGGCGAGAAACACACGUCCUAACCACUCAGAAGAGGAGCUGUGCUGUGCUGCUCAUCAUCUUCUUCUGUCCUAUUGUUGGUGGGGUUUGACUUUGUGAUCAACAGACAGAAAUGGCUUCAGAUUCUAAAGUCUAUCACUUUGAUGAGGUGGCACAGCACAAGUACAAGAAAGAUUGCUGGAUUAUAGUCUCUGGAAAGGUUUAUGAUGUCACUCCUUUUCUGGAGGAACACCCUGGAGGUGAUGAAGUCUUGUUGUUAGCAGCCGAUAGAGAUGCAACUGAUGAUUUCAAUGAUGUUGGCCACAGCGAUGAUGCAAAGGAGAUGAUGGCGAAGUACUACAUAGGAGAGAUUGACACAUCCACAAUACCAGAGCAACCAAGUUACAAGCUGCCUCCACAAGCAACAGCUCCUCAAGACCAAUCUUCCGGAUUUUUGGUAAAGCUUCUACAGUUUCUGCUGCCCUUGUUGAUCCUGGGAGGUGCAUUUGCCCUGCAAUACUACAGUAAAAAGAAGUAAUUCAGUUAUCCCUUCACACGGAACUUUAUGUUAUUUGCAACCAAGAAUGUCUAUUACUUGAGUGGUAAUAAUGUUUUCCAUCGGUACUUUAGAGUUUUUAUCUUGUACUACCCUUUCAUAUAUUUUUAUGUGCUUGAUAUCUAUUGACUUGGAAUGCAUAUUGAAAAGAUUUG